AUGGGUGCUGUAAGGUUAUACUUUACCUAUAUACUAUUUCUUUACAUUUUAUUUAAUAGUCAAGUAUUAGCAAUGUGGCCAAUUCCACAAAGCUGGUCGAUAGGAAGCGAAACAUUGAAAGUAUUUCCAAGCUUUGAUAUAAAUUGUGCAAAUAUUGAGACCUCCGAAGAAUUAACUCAACAAAUUUUUGAGGGAGCAAAAAAUCGGGUUAAAGAAUUUUUGACAGAUGAAAAUUAUGUUUCACCAAAUGUUCAUUUUGAAACCCCUGAGAAUUCAUUGACAUUACAUUCUUUGACCAUCGAGAUCACCGGUGAUAAAUCAUCAAAAUUGGAUUUGGGUAUUGAUGAAUCAUAUGAAUUAAUGAUUCCUUGUACCAAUGAUAAGAAUGAUAAACCUUUGAUCGCUCAUCUUAAAGCUGCAACAAUAUUUGGAGUUUUACAUGGACUUAAUACAUUUACACAACUACUUUAUUCUAAUGAAGAGAAAAAUGGGUUGUUUUUGCCUUUUGCACCUCAUAAUAUUAGCGAUUACCCUAGAUUUCCUCACCGUGGUCUAUUAUUGGACACCGCACGAAAUUAUUAUCCUGUUAAUGAUCUAUUAAAAAUGUUGGAUGUUAUGAGUUGGAACAAGUUUAACGUAUUUCAUUGGCACGUUGUCGAUGCACAAAGUUGGCCCGUUAAAAGCGAAGUUUAUCCGGAAUUAAGUGAAAAGGGUGCUUAUGAUCCAGAAACCAUGAUUUAUACUAAACAGGAUAUUAAAACUAUUGUAGAAUACGCUCAUCAUAGAGGAAUUCGUGUCAUCCCUGAAUUUGAUAUGCCAGGACAUACUUUUGCCAUCUCUUAUAGUAUGCCCGAAAUAAUUACUUGUCCAGACGUUCAACCAAAUUGGAAUGAUUUUGCCGCUGCUCCUCCAAGUGGUCAAAUAAAUCCAGUAUUACCGGCGACUUAUGAAUUCUUAAAUAACUUAAUUCCAGAAAUGACUUCAUGGUUUCCUGAUAAAUUUUAUCAUGCUGGUGGCGAUGAAGUAGUGAUGAAUUGUUGGAAUACAACUGAUUCAGUUAUAGAUUACCUCAAAGAGCACCCUAACGAUACUUCCGAAUCUUUAUUGGGAAUGUUCAUUAAUGAACUUCACUCAAUUGUUAGGAAAAGUGGUAAAACUCCCAUUACAUGGCAGGAAAUGGUGGUCGAACAUAAUUUACCUUUACCUAAAGAUGUUAUUGUUCAAGUUUGGACGACUCAAGAAAUUAUUAAAAAUGUUACCGAACGUGGUUAUAAAGUGAUUACUGGUAGUGCCGAUUUUUGGUAUUUGGAUUGUGGUCAUGGUGGUUGGGUUGGUGAUAAUCCUAAUGGAAACAGUUGGUGUGACCCUUUCAAACAUUGGCAAAGGAUCUAUUCUUAUAAUCCAACUAUGAAUCUUACGAAAGAGGAGGCUAAGCUUGUUAUAGGAGGCGAAGCAUUAUUAUGGUCUGAACAAGCUGAUCCAACAAAUUUCGAAUCGAAAUUAUGGCCAAGGGCAUCAUCGGCAGCUGAAAUCUUAUGGUCAGGAAAUUAUGAUGAAAGUGGCAAUCUACGAACUACAAAGGAAGCGUUACCUCGUUUAAAUGAUUGGAGGUUCAGAAUGGUAGCAAGAGGAAUAAAAGCGGAACCACUACAACCAUUGUGGUGUGUUAAAAAUCCUGGCAGAUACUAA